GGCGCGCGUGCGGAGGCGGCGGCGGCGGCGGCGGCGGCGGCGCCUGGGCCCUGAGGAGGCGUCGUCCCCUCAGGCUUCGCCUGGGGAGCACCUCGGGGCGGUGCGCCUCCGGCUGCUCCGCGACCGCCGCGGACAGGGGCCGGAUGUGACCUUCUGCCUGGAGUAGCUCAAGUUCUUAGAAGUUUCAGUGCACGCCUGAGGUGGCAAUUUAUAUAAAGAAAACACUGGGACUUGAGGCCACACCUUCAAGAAUAAAAAAAAAAAAUUAGAAAAUGGAACAACCAUGUAUAUUAUGUGAGGAAGAACAAGAGCCAGAACCGCAGCAGAACAUAGAAGAAACCAAACAGGUAGAUGAUGAAGAUGGUGAGCUGAUCUUUGUUGGGGUAGAACAUGUAAAUGACGAUGCUGAGCUGAUCUUUGUUGGGGUGACUUCAAAUUCAAAACCAGUCGUUUCAAACAUUUUGAACAGAGUCACCCCAGGUUCAUGUUCAAGGAGAAAAAAGUAUGGUCACCUCAGAAAAGGUACUACUUGCAAAUUGCAGCCUAUAAGUCAUGUGACCCCUGUAUCAGAAGCAGUGACUGCCUUGCCUGUUUCUGAAUCUGAAUCAAGAUCAACAGAAAGUCCUAUUAUUAUUGAGCCUUUGUCUAAACCUGAUUAUAAAAGUAAUUCACCACAAGUCGUGCCUAAUAGCUCUUCAGAGUUAUGUUCUCCUUUGAUUACAUUCACAAAUUCAUUGCAGCAUCCAGGUGGAGCAGCACUUUCUGUAGGAGGUAUGAAUAAAAGUCCUUGCAUAUCAAAGCAACUUUCUACUGCUGAAGUAAACAAUGUAAAUCCCAAAAGGCUUAAACUCAGUGAUGGAAUCAUAGGGGGACAUGCUUCAGCUUUGUCCCCUUCAGGUAUCUUUCAUACAGUGACUGCUGAGCAAAGCACACCCUCAAACAGUGUUCAUACCUCAUUAAGCCAUGUUCAGAAUGGAGCACCUUUUCCAACAGCUUUUCCAAAGGACAGUGUUCAUUUCAACCCUGCAGAUCCUGUUAAGGAAAAUAGACAAGCAAAAACAGAUUUUUUGAGACUAGCAAGUCAAAACCAGGUUGUUGAUCCCAAGAAAGGAAGUCUGGUCAUGUUACUUCGUGACUUUUAUUAUGGGCAGCAUAAAGGAGAUGGACAGCCAGAACAGAAGACUCACACAACCUUUAAAUGCCUCAGCUGCUUGAAAGUUCUAAAGAAUGUCAAGUUUAUGAAUCACAUGAAACACCAUUUGGAACUUGAGAAGCAGAGGGGUGACAGCUGGGAAAGUUACACCACCUGCCAGCACUGCCACCGACAGUUUCCCACUCCCUUCCAGCUGCAAUGCCAUAUUGAAAGUGUACACACUACCCAGGAGCCCUCCACUGUCUGUAGAAUUUGUGAAUUGUCAUUCAAAACAGACCAAAUUCUCUUACAGCACAUGAAGGACAAUCAUAAGCCUGGUGAAAUGCCCUAUGUGUGCCAGGUUUGCAAUUACAGAUCAUCAGCCUUUGCUGAUGUGGAAACACAUUUCAGAACUUGCCAUGAAAACACUAAGAACUUGCUCUGUCCAUUCUGUCUCAAAAUUUUCAAAACUGCAACACCAUACAUGUGUCAUUAUAGGGGACACUGGGAAAAGAGUGUUCACCACUGUUCCAAAUGCCGGCUACAGUUUUUAACUUUCAAGGAGAAAAUGGAGCACAAGACCCAGUGUCAUCAAAUGUUUAAGAAGCCUAAGCAACUGGAAGGAUUGCCUCCUGAAACAAAAGUUGUUAUUCAAGUGUCACUGGGACCUCUUCACCCAGAAUCAUUGGAAGUAGCAUCCAUUACUGUGAGCACAUCAGAUUCUGAACCAUCACCCCCCAGGUCUAAGAGUAAAGUUUCCAAAAAACCUCGUUAAUUCUAGUUUCAGUAAAUCUAAAGCAGGUAUUUCAAUCAAAGUCAAAAACCCUAUAAAAAUAAAAAAUAUAAACCAUACAUUAUUCAGUAGCAUCAAACAUAGUGAAACCAAUGAGUUAUUUAUGAGUUUCUUUUUAAAUUCAUGAAAUACAGUACUGUCUGAUAUGAAUUUGAGAUGUUAUUUAAAAUAUAUUACCUGGCUUUCGUGUAACUGUAUCUGGCUUAACAUAUAAAAGGUGUUUUGUGUGUGUAUGUGUGUGUGAGAGAAAAAAAGUGGAAACCUAUUUAUUUUGAUAUUUCAUGUUACUUGUAAGUUUGAAAGCUCUAGAGUUCUUUAAGUACUUAAUUUUAUUUUCAACUUUUUCCAUGUCUUGAGGAUUUCAAUAUUAACUCUAGUCAGACUGAUAUGACUUUGUUACAACGUAGACUGUUACAACAUGGUCCCAUUUGCUGCUGAGCCCCUAUAAGUGUCUCUCUUGUGCUGGUUUAAAAUAAUCGGUCUCUGAGAGCAUGAGGGUGAAGUUGAAGAAGGUAUGUCAUGAAUGGGAAUCAGAAACUGGAAGAUUAGUCAGUGGAGACUCCUUGUUCUGGUUGAGGGAGAGGCAUGCCAGUGCGCGCGCGCACACGCGUGCACACACACACACACACACACGCGCGCGCGCACACACGCACACACAUACACACUCGCUCACUCCAGUCUGGGAGCCAAGGCAGAAAGAAAGAACAGUCUCAGAGUGUCUUCCUAGCACAAGAACAUCCAAGGAAGCAAAAGUAUUAAAAUAAAACGCGGAUGUUUGGCAAGGGGCUCCUGCAGACAUGAAAUAAUUACUGUGUGUCAGUUGGCUUCAAAUGGAGAAGAAGGGGUAAUGAAUAGAUUGGGGGCUAGAGUCUGAAGCUCCAGUUGAGUGAUCCAAAGAGUUUGUUCUCGUCUGGCUGGCCUUUGGUCGGAAUAAAUUAGCCAUAUACCUCUCAGCUGCAGCAGUACAGCAAAUAAAGUUUCCCCAGGGAAAGAAGCCCAGACAUCCAUAGUUUGAACUGCACUAGACCCAUAGUUUGAAUUGAAAAGAGCUAAACAAAUGGUAUCUACCUAGUUCAAGGACUGGGCUAAAUUUAGCUCUCUUACUAUUAAGUUGGAAUGGGAGUUGCCCAAGAAUAGUAAGUACAGUGGAUAAAAGUAGUAACCCAUGGUGACUGAGUAAAAUUAAACCCAGUAUAGGGCUUUUCCUGGUAUUUUCCCAUGUACAUGUAUCUUACCCCUGUUGAACAUGUGAAAUUUGCAAGUUUGUAACUUGCCUUGGACAUGAAUGUAUUACAGCUAACAGUUACUCUCUUGUGUGUAUAGUUUCCCUUUUUAUCAAACUAAUGUGAGUUUGGGACAUCCUUGCCACACUCUUAUGUGCAAGAAAUGUCCCAUUAAUUUCAUUAAGUAUUACGUUUUAGAGUUCCUGUCCUUCAGCUGGCUAACUGCCUAAUCUGUGACUAUACUGUGAACCUUUUCCCUUUGCCAUUUCCAAGGACUCUUAUGUAACUGGAGUGCCAUCUGAGUAUUGGUUCCUGAACAUCAACACCCUUGACUACUUCUGUGGGUUCCCAGGAUUGAGUGUCCCUGGGCAUUUUCCAGUGCUGUCCCUUCUUUCUUCCACCUCUGACUCAGGUACCUACAAGCCUCUGUGCACCACUUAAGGAACCUAGGAUGCUGUCUAUAGACCUGAGCUGGGAGAAGUCUUUCCUGUUUUCUGUUGCUUUCUCCUCUUUCAACGCAUCUUAUCUCUCCUCCCUCUUCCCUCCUCAGUCUUGUUAAAUUCCCUAAGCUUUACAAAAAGCUGGGAAUGGUUAGUCAUCAGGGGCUUUGCAUCCCUUCUAGAAUUGGGGAGGAAGGACUACAGAUAACAAAGUAGUUGUGAGUAUACUGUCCAUGUUUUAGAGAACUUCCUGAGUGUAGAUUCUGUUGUAUUUAUUUGCUCAAUGAUUGAUUGAUUUGCACUUUGAACAUUUUACUAGGCCUUUUCAUUUAGUUUGCUUGGGCCGAGGCACUUUGUUAAUAUUUCAGCCUGAACCUGUUUUAGGUGGAGAGAGAAGGAGAGAGAGAGAGAGAGAGAGAGAGAGAGAGAGAGAGAGAGAGUGUGCGUGUGUGUGCGUGUGCACGCACAGUUGUUCUAGUCUCAGGUGGAAACUUCUGUGUAUAAAUAGAUAUGCAGACCUCUGCAUACUUGUCUCCCUUGUUCUGUUCGUAUAACAAAUUCUGUUUUUGAAAACAGUAAAAAUAUGAAAUGUUUUAGUUCUUUGUUUUUGUGGUUGCUUGGUAUUAUCAACACUGUUAACUGUUGUUUGCUAUUUAACUAAAGUAUGCCCCUAAGGAGUACAAAUUGUUAUUUAUUGCCAACUACAGGUUGAGUGAUACGACCCCUGUCUACCUCCUCUUGCUCUUCCAUUCUCUGCCAUGCUACUCUACCAUUUUCCCCACUGGUGCACUGUUUUUGACACAUUGGCCUUGUUUUUUUUUCAAGCAAAUCAUAUUUUUUCCUGUUCCAAAGACUUUGCAAUUGUUGCUUUCUUUCUUAGAAUGCUCAUCUCCUAAGCCUGCAUGACUUGCUACCUCGCUUAAUUGUUUGACACUUCCUUUAGUUUAUUGAGCUUCACCAGUGUUCUUAAAAGAUACUGACAAUGAAAUGAUACCUUUUUCCUCCUCCCUGCUAAAGGCACUUUAAGCCUCCCCACUCCUUCUUUCCUCUCCAAUCUGGUUAAAUUUCCUAGGUUUUCACAAAAAGCUAGGAAGAGAUAAUCAUCAAAAGCUUUGCUUACCUUAGAAUUGAGCUAGCUUGAGUCAAUUUCUGUGCCUGCAACCAAAAGACAAUGAAUAUAGUGAGUUGAGUUCUUUCAGGAGCUUUCUCUGUUUUUCUAUUGAUACCUCUAUAUUUUUUUAAGGCAAUGUCACUUUGUUUUGUUUACAAAUAUAUUGAAUAUCUGUCAAGAUUACUAUUUUGUUAUUGCCUUUUGUGAAUUUCCAUGUCUAUUUUGCUUGCUUGUUCUUUCAGAUAAAAUUUAUUAUUUUGUUAAUGUUGCCAAAAAUUGUAAGUAAAAUAGCAAUUAUAGUAAUAAAAUGCUUUUUUGAAAAAAAAAGUUUUCGUUAUUUAUCUUUUCACCAAUAACAUGGCAUAUUUUUAGUUUAAGUUAAUUUUUAUUUGAUACCACUAUGUACACUCUUUGCCUUCCUGCCAAUUUUAAUUAUUUUUGACCAUAUUGCAUUGGCCCGAACUUCCAAACAGUGAUAUGUAAAUGAGCUUUCUUGUUCUUGGUUUUAGUGAGAAAUGCUUUACCAUUAAAGGUAAUGCACAUACUGCUUAA